GCUUGAUUAGUUGUCACUUGUCAGUGUUGGAGGUAGGAUGUAUUGUGGUCUGCUGAGCCUCUCUGCACGUGUUUAUGCCUAUUUUGCCCUUGUAUUGUGGCCUUAUCACCAGUAAUGAUAUUACUGUGUGUUUAAAGGAUGUGUGUGGGGCUUAUUUGUACUUGUAUUUGAUAUUACGGGAUGGGGAAAGUGUAAAUGAGGAAAACAAAGUCAGCACUAGAGAGGACAGCGACACUGGUAUUUUGUGCUACGAAAAAACAAAGCCAGUGAUUUUCAUCAAAUUUAUCAGUAACAAAACCGUAUGAUGACCUUAACAUAGAUGAAAACACUUAACACUUUAAGGUGGCGUCACUUGGAGGCUAGACACCUUGCUGGCUCCACUCCUGUUUAUCAAGUUGCUCUCAAAUGCUUGUGUGUGUGUGAAAUUCAAACACAUGAAUUCCCAUAACAAUGGUGACUUUCAUAGGUGAGGAGAGAGCAGCAGCAAGUUGUGCUUUGUGGUGAGGUUGCGAGCAGCACUGGUGACUUGAUACAUCUUGUGGUAACUUGCCGAGCUGCUGUACAAGUCAGCGUUGAGACUUUGUGGUAUUAAGUGCGAGUGACAGAGGGAGGUAUGAUGAGUCUCCUGCAGUGGAAAAGCGGUUUUGUGUGGCUUGGAGAUUGAAUGUCUGGGGUGUACCCGUGUGGGAGGAUGCGGCAAGCCUCCAGGGUAUGAAGGUGUUGGAGGAGAUGGAGGGAGAGGUGACCGCUGGAGGCGGGGAGAGUGCAGCUCCUGGCUCCCCCCUCCACAAUCCUCAAGAUAUCAACGGUAACCCAACCACACCGGAUAUGCAACUGCAGACGUCAAGAGGCGGUCCGCGGCUCAUCUCAAUCAGCAGGAGUGACCAAGGCUUUGGUUUCACCCUCCGUCAUUUCAUCGUCUACCCUCCGGAGUUGUCGGAGGUGCUGAGUGAGCAUGGGAGAGGGUGGGCAGCUCCUCUCUCCUCUCUGGAUCCCCUUGAUACCAUCUUCGUGAAGCACGUGAGGCCAGGAUCAGCAGCUCACCUGGCUGGCCUCAGGACAGGUGAUCGUGUAGUGAGUGUCAAUGGUGAGAGCGUUGGGUCACGCACUUACCAGGAGGUUGUAGCUACCAUACAACGCUCACCACCCACACUGGAACUCAUGGUAGUACCUCGGGAACAGGAUCUACUGCAGCAGGUGUUUGGAGAAACUGCUCACAAUCCCGAGAGUAACUUGGACAUAAGAAUGCCCAGUCCUGGUCACCUGCCCAUGCAAUACCCCAUUAGACAUCCCACAACAGCUAGUCUGACUCACUUGGCUCUAGGUGUGCCACCAAUGCAAUACCCUCCAAGUCUGUCACAAUCUACUUGGUCUUCUCAGUCUUCUUUGACAUCACACUUGUCUGCAAUGUCUACAGGUCCUCACUUGCCAGCUGUCAUGGUGGCUCAUCCACCGUUCCAUCAAAAGCCUCAUCAACCUUCUAAUGUUUCUCAACCACAUGGAGCACAUAUUCCCAUUCAUUCUCACCAUCAACAGUUAAACAUCCGUGGGAAUCACUCAUCUGUGCCAUACAGACCUGGUACCAGAAAACACUCGCUUUCUGCUGGAGGUGAUAAACAAUCAGCAGCAGCAUCUAGUAAUAGGAAACAGUCAUUAUCUGGUAUGGCAGACAGAAGGCAAGCUGUCUAUACCAUUCAGAAUAGUCUGUCAUCUGUGCCUCAUCAUGUGCCUUCAUUACCAGGGAAGCAAAGUCCCUUGCCUACAAGUACAAAUACAUUGGGAAGUUCAACACACUCUUCUUUAAAUGAACCUUCUAAUAAUUCUGUAUUUGGUGUUUACGAACCAAUUCUUGACCGAGCUAUGGGAAGAGGGAGUUUCAGGGACAGCAGGAGACUGGAACGUGACCCUGAUGGGCGUAUAUAUGAAGUUGUGCAGACUAGAUAUGUAGAUAAUAAACAUAAAAGUGGUAGUGGUAAUAAGAAAGCAACUGUGAAACAGGGUGCACAUAGUAUUAGAAACAAUCCGGGAAGUCAUAGUGAUAGAAAGUCAUCAGUUGGUGGAGAGGCUGAUGCUAAACGAGUUCGUGUACAAUCACUUUCCCCUCCCAGAUUAAAAGUAGAUCAAAUUCACGCGCGUAGUGCUAGUGUGCAUCCAAGAGCUAAAGGCUCGAGUGUCAGUUCUAGUGAUGUACAUGUGCCUGGCAGUCACCAGAGUCUCAGCAGCACAAAGGGUGAAGCACUGUCACGGAGCAGCAAUAAACAUAACUCGUAUUCAAGGAGAAGUUGCACAGAACCAAUCCUUAGUACCAAGGAAAGUUCCCAAACUAAUGACAGAUCGACACAAGAGGUCAUUGAGAGAAUUAAAAAGAAUGUUGAGAGAAAAGAAGAAUUCUUGAAAAGACCAAAUCAGCCUAUCUGGCUUCCGGCAAGCAAAACACCAAUUAUCCAUAGUGAUUAUCACGUUAAUCCACAGAGACUUCCACGGCCAAUGUGGCCACCGCCAGCAGCUCAAACUCCACCAUCUCCUGGUUCUUUAACAAAGGCCCUAAAUUUUAUUGUUGGUCCUAAACAAGAUCAGGUACGGAAAUCAAAGUCAGACGUGGAUGAGAGACAAUCCUCAGACAAUAGUGGUGCAAGUGAUAGAGGAACUAAUGUACCUGGAUCUCCAUCAUCCCUGCAGAGCAGUGAUAAAACAGAAUCUUCAACAGAUUCACUAUUACCAAGUGGAAGUGAGUGUGUUACAGAAAACCAAAACCUGUCUUCAGCUCAAAAUGCUUCUAAUGUAUUACCUCGUUCAUUAGUUGGCAAUGCUGUACCCAAGCCAUAUAGUGGAAGUACUUCUGAGGUUAGUCCAGCUAAUGCCAGAUAUGGAAAAGCUUUUGUAACUACACUGUCUCGCAUUCAAGAAAAUAUUCCCAUACCAGAACUUGGCUCAUCUUCAUCCCUCACGAGCCAAGGUCAUGCAGGCAGUAAACAAGGUGAUUCAUUUCAUGGUGUUACUCCGGGUGGAACCCCAAGUGGCAGUGAGUCUUCCCUUAACUCUUCGGUUAUACGUCCAAUUCCAUUAGCCUGGGUGGGUGAUAAUGAACGCAUAAAGCAGCUUCAAAUUGUAUCAAAGCGAGCCAAACAGUUUGAAAAUAGCCAAUUAGAGAAGGAAGCUUCAUCAAAAUCUGCAUUUCAUCGCUUUGAGUUGUCCCGACUAUCACAGCGUUCUAAGAUUCCAAACGUAGCGCAAAGGAAGCAAGAGUUUGAGAGGAGAGAUGGUGACCAGCUUUCACGUGGUUUUGAGUUUGAAUUUGGAACUCACUACAAUAACUCCCCAAGGCAGCGUAAGAGUGCUGAAUUAGUACGAAGUAAUGUGGUGUCUCAAGAUCUGUCCCCAUCAUCCACAAAAGUGUUUAGAUCUCUCUCUGACGGAGGCAAUGUCUUCCCUGUCAGUAGAAGACUCUAUUCACCAGGACAUGAUGGAGGAAGAAAUUCUCCAUCAGUCGUGGAUGAAUCUUCUGUUUUCCGAUGUGGUAUGAAUCGUACAAUUCCAGUUGGUGGUCCACACAUUCACUGUGCACCACCCUCUCAUAGACCUCAGAGUGACUCUGGUAUUUUAGAGAGAGAGCGAUCAAAUUCGGUGUGCUCACAGGCAUCUAUGACAAGCCUGUGGUCUACAAGGUCCAUGGAUGAAACUGGCACUGCCAGACAAAAGCCUGUAGCUCGUCAGAACUCAUAUUUGAGUGCUCUUCGUUCUCCUCUACCUGUGACCACUGGAACUUCUAGUGCGGGCGGGCCAGGCACUGCUGUAGCCACCUCAGCAGCGACCCCCACCAGUAGUACCUCCGUCAGCGCCCCCAGCAGCGCCCCCAGCAGCAGCGAGGCGCUAGUGGCUCGGAGGAAUAAAACGCUAUAUGGUGACGAGGGUGAGAGGCUGGUACGACGAGUAUCGUAUCUGAAAGCAACUUCUGGGGAUCGUAUGUAUUCCGACUCCGACCUCGACUCUGAUAACGACGAGAGAAGUGGUGUGCGUCUAGAGGAAGGCGAGGUGUUGAGGGCAGGGGGUGUGUCCUCCCUCGUUGAUUCCUCGUGUGUAGGUGAAUUGCCCUCCCCUGCCUCUCUGCAGGCAGAUGUGCUCAGGCAGGGCGCUCUCCACGUCAAACUCACCAUGGUGGACGGCAAGAAAGCUGGUGACCGGUCGUGGAAGGCAGUGUGGGCCGUGGUCCAGGGACACGCUAUUAUCUUCUACAAGGACCGUCAACAUGCCUUGCAGGAUGAUGAAUUAGACAAGCCUCACCUUCCCUGGGUAGACAGUGCUGCAGUAGAACUUAAGAAUGGAGGAGCACUACAGGAGGUCUACUGGUUUCACAAACAGACACCAUUGGGAGUGGAGGAGCAGGUAACUCUGCGAGGUGCUGAGGUUGACGUUGCCAGUGACUACACCAAGAGACGAAAUGUGCUGCGUCUGGCCACCCCUGGCGGCUCCCAGCUGCUGCUCCAGGCUGACACUCCACCAGAGAUGUUGGCCUGGCUCUCCACCCUCCAGAAUAAUUGUGCCUUACAGGAAGGAGAAGCAGGCAGCAAGACCCCCAUAAACAACAACAACAUAUCUCCACAAUCCAGCAAUAAAGCAAUGAGGAAGCUGACAUCUCUAAGAACACGCUCCCCCACUGGCCAGUCUCCAUCAACAAAAGCACGCAAACCCAGUAGUGUUGAGAGCAAUUCUUCACCAAAAUCAAAAACGUGGAGAGGUCAUUUAAAGAGGCCUUUUAUGAAGAAAGUUCACAGUGGGUCUCCAGCUAUCACUCCAACCAUGCCACUGCCAGAGGGAGCGACCAUUGGGGUCUGUCUAGAGGAGUGCCCUCCGUCACUUGAGAACGAAUACGUGCCACUGCUUGUUGCUCUGUGUAUAAAUGUAGUAGAAAGUCGAGGCUUGCAGACGCAAGGCAUUUACCGCAUUCCUGGUAACAAAGCAGCUGUCACCCACUUAAGUGAGAUGAUAAACAAAGAUCCCAAAUCAAUUGACUAUGAUGAUCCAAGAUGGUGUGAUGUAAAUGUUAUAUCCAGUAUGUUGAAGCAGUUCUUCCAGAAACUUCCUGAUCCACUGUUUACAAUUGAACUUUAUCCGUUAUUUAUUGAGGCAAGCAAAGUUGAAGAUCCCAGCCAAAGGAUGGUGGAACUAAAGAAACUGGUUCAAGAACUGCCAUAUCACCACUAUGAGACCCUGCGAUUCUUAAUAACGCACUUAAACAAUAUCGUCACCCACUCUGACAUGAAUAAGAUGGACGUUCGUAACCUUGCUAUUGUCUUUGGACCAACACUUGUUCGCUCAGGGGAUGAUAAUAUGGUCACAAUGGUUACUGAUAUGUCUCAUCAGUGUCGUAUUGUUGAAACACUUAUUAGUCAGGCAGCGUGGUUCUUCAGCGAAGAUGAUGGAGAUGAAAUAAUACCACCAGUUUCCAAUCAGUCGGUUAUCCAUAGUCCUUCAGGUGAAUCUGUGCCUCCCUCAGAUACUGACACUCCUUCCAGCCAAGCUCUUCUUCUUCAUAAUAUUCAAAAGGUUGAAGGUAAUGUAAAGGCAGACAUGAAGAAGGAUAUUGUCUCUUCGAUCAUCUCUGCUGCUAAUAGAAAGGUUCAUAAAGUGAAGUGCAAAAAAGCUACAGAAGACAAGCCAGUUGAUGACUCAAAAUACAGUGAUAAAGAUGGAGGUUUUGAGGAGCGUGAUAUAGACAAAGAAGCAGAAUUAAGAAAACAAAGGUUACUAGUGAAACAAAUUGAAAGUAUGGUAGAACUGCCUAACCCAAAACCCAUGAGUGAGCGAAAAAUAUCUAAUAUGAGCCUUAUGAGUGUUCAAAGUCAUUCUUCUGGUGUAUCUAAUGUAUCACAAAGCCUUAAUAAUGAUAGGACUAGUGGUAGUGAACAAACACAUCUGGGCAUAUCUGGAGAGAAUAUCCAUCCAUUUUGUGUUAUAAAGAAGAAUGGAGUUGCUUCCAGUACAGCAUCUAUAUCACUACCCACUAGUACUACCACAAAUACUACAGCUACUACCAGCCAGCAAUCUAGUCAUUUAGCCCCAGAAAUGGCCUCUCUUUUUGGAGAUGAAGUUGCUAUUCGAUCAUAUGCCGGCCUCAGUGCAAGUACUCAAGAGCGAAUACGGAGGUUUGAGAUGGAGACACGUGCUAUGCUUCAUCGGGAUCUGACUAGACAUCGGCGUGAAAUAGAGAGAAGGGAUGUUGAGAGGCAAAGACUUGAGGAAUUAUGGCAGCGAGCAAAACAAGACAUGGAAUCUGAAGAUAUUUUAGACCAGAUGGCCGACAAUCCUACAGAGGUUGUUCGCAAGAUUUCCGACCUCUCAUGGCGUCUGAAAGGCUUAAGCGAGAGUGUGGGUGGGGAGCGAGGAUCAUUGGCUUCUCAGAGUUCCAGCUCUAGUUCCCAGGCUGCUAUCAUCUCUGCAGCCCUCUCUCACCAUCCUCUCUCUAACACCUCACUUACACCCACCACUAAUUCCACCACCCAGGUACCUAACAACUACUCACAGCCUCCCGUUAUUAAGAUAGUCAGUGAACCUUCAGUAGGGAUGGCAUGUGAUAUUACUAAUGAUGGUAAGCAUGGCAUGAUGCAACAAAACUCACUUCCUUGGCUUGAUUAUAAUGCAGCUUCACCUCACAGUACUCUAGGCUCAACUUCAUCCUCUGGGAGCUCAGGUUAUGGAAGUUUAACCCGUUCAUAUCAAGCAAGUAAUCUGGGUGAUGCUGAAGAUACAGUUGGGAGAACAGUUGAAGAAAGCUGCCCAACUGAGUCCAGUAAAUCUGUGACAAAGCCCUGCACUGUAUCUCAGCAGUCUUCUCCUUCAAAUCGAAAAAAGAAAAAAUCUGGCUUCUUAUUUGGUUUGACUUCUUCUUCCUCAUCUCCUUCACUCUUUCCUUCUAUGACUGAAGCUGCCGCUGAACUAACUCCAACACGUAAAAUUGGCCAAACAACCAUUUACCCUGAGAGUCCCCGACCCCCACCUCACAAUGAUCACGCUUCUUCACGGUCUCAGUUAACCGUUCCAAGUACCACACUAAUCCCUCAACCUAAUACACCUCUCCAGGGACGCCACAAAGAUUCCAUUCUGCACCAUAUCCUACCUAGUCGUCUGUACCACUCUCCUCGUCCCCUUCGCCGAGGAUCCUCUGCUGAGAACGUGACUCAACCGCUCGUCACCCCUAUCUCCCCUUCCACCUUUGACACCCAGAAGGUCGUGAAUAAUGGCACUUUGAAGAGAGCUAGAACCAGCAGGGACCAGAUUUUAAAUGGUCCUGAAACUGGAAUGCCGCGAUGUGGUUCAUUGGACUCUCUGCGAGAUGGCCCUCACAUAACACACGAUGAUGGUAGUGAUCUGCUGAGUGCCAUCACUGCCACAUUCGAGGAGAAGAUGCGGAGCCUCCAAGAGUCUCCUUUGGGCCUAGUGAAUGCAGUGACUGAUGCCAUCAGCAGCCCUGACUUUUACCCAGUAGCAGGUCAGCCAAAUGACCAUACCACGAGAGGAAACACAGAGUGUCGUUUAUACCGUGAUCCUUCCCUUCACCGCCGCCGCACCAAUCCCCGUAAUCCAUCUACCAACACCAGUACAACCUCAACCUCCACUGCUUCCAGUGCAGCUCUCACCUCAACCAUUUCCCAGGUAGAGGCUGCCAGUCAGGCUGUCAAGUUCUUAGAAAAUGAUAAGUUACUGAGUGAAGAUGUAAAACAUGAAGUAAAAGUAAAGAGGUCAGAUUCCUUGACUAAAUCAGAGAAAACUGAAAAUAACUUAAAAGAAAAAACUGAAAAAAGGGCUCGUGAAUUAAAGCGCACUGACACUCAAGAAAGCCUUAGUGAAAAAAAACCUAAAGAAAUGAAAAGGUCUGAUAAUCAGGAUGGUACAGAAAGGUCACGAGAUUUAUCUAAGAAAUUAGAGGUAAAGGAUAAUUCAGUUGGAUCUGCUAGGCGCACUUCUGAAGUGAGAAGCAGAAGACACAAUGUCAAAGAAUUAAAAGAAAAAUUCGAACAAAAUACAAGCAAUCAAACUAGUACCAGUCCCAUGAAACCAUCCAAUAUGUAUAGUAAUGUAAAUAAUAAUAGUAAUAAGACAAACAAAUCAAGUAUGCGGCGAACAGGGUAUCGUGGACACAUUAAGAGACGACACACUGUGGGUGGUACGAAGGACCUUGCAAAGUGGGCGUGGUUGCAGAGUGCUGAGGCAUCUAGAAAUGCUUCAUGUGCCAUCCGUCUCUCGGCAUGGGAACGCUUGCAACCCUUAGUGGCAGAUGAGAGACUAAACACUGACAGGACAUUAGAAGCAUGGUUAGCCCAUGAACGCAUAAGAACAUCUUCACCUGACCUAUCAAGACCUCAGCAGUUGGUAUUCUCCUGUGACUUAGACGACAAAGAAAAUCUUCACCGUCGUCUCAGUGUACAAGAAGCAAUGUUGAAUCCUCUCUAUCCUGUACUAGAAAGUCAUGUGUAAUGGAGUAUGGAUUAGGCCAUCAUCAGUAUCCAUGUUACUAAGCUCAUUGCCUCCAUUACCUACCAUGUGUUUUCAAAGGUACUGUACAAUCUUUAUAUGAACAGUGUUAAGACUGUUACAAACAUUGAAAGUGUUGGGAUUUUGAGAAGGGUAAUGAACAGUGCUGUGAUUUUUGUCUUUUUAAGUGUUGUUUCAGAAGCAUAUCAUAGUAUGUAUGUAUGUAGAUUAUAUAUGUGUGUGAGAUACAUAUAUAUAAUAUAUAUACAUAAUAUAUAUAAUUUUUUUAACUCAAUAGCCAUCUCCCACCAAAGCAGGGUGACCCAGAGAAGAAAACUCGUUCACUCAAUUGCCAUCUUUCCAGAAGUGUGGUGUCAUUACAGUUAGCUACCCCUCCCUUCAGAGUACAGGCACUAUCCUUCCCUCCUCCAGAACUCAAGUUCAUCUAACUGGUUUCCCCUGAAUCCCUGAAUAAAAGUUACCCUGUUCACACUCCAACAGCAGGUUCAUUAAAAAAACACUUGCCUCCAGUUAUUCUAUCUAACAUGCUCUCACAAGCCCCUAAACCUUGUGUCUCCUCCCUCCCAGAUUUAUACACCUUCUUCAUCAACCUAUCCUACAUGCCCAAACCACCUCAGUAACUCAGCUUUGAAUUAUACCCUAUUUGUCUUUUAAUUUCUACACUCCGAAUUCUCUGAAUGAUAUUCACAUCACCCAUUACUCUCAUACAUAACAUCUCCAUGAUCUCUAGUCUUGUUUUUGCUGAAGCAUUCAAAACCUGUGCCUCACACCCAUAUAGAAGUGUUGGUACUGCUAUACCUUGGUACAUUUCCCUUUUGCCAUCCUUUUGCCUGGCCCAUGGCCGGGCUCAGAGAGUAGAUAAACUCUUGAAACUCUUCAAAGGUAAGGGUAUUGAUAAACUUCUUUCAUUCCACAGAUACUUUAACACACCACCCACCUUUUUCUUCCCUCUUAUUUUGUUUUGCCUUAUCUUUCAGAGACCCAUCUGCUGAUAUGUCCACUCCCAAAUAUCUAAAUACAUGUAUAUCCAUUUCUUCUAUACUCCAAUCUAAUAGUGCCUAGACUUUUGGUUACCCUCAUCACCUUGCUUUUUUCUAUGUUCACUUCUUAUUAUCUCAGUUGGCAUACCCUCACAUUCAUCCACCAACCUUUGUAAUUUGCCUUCAGAAUCCCCUGAAAGAAUUGCUAUCAACAAAGAGUAGCUGGGAAUACUCCUACUCUGUAUCAGAUCCAACAUUUUUUAGUCCAACACACGUUCCCAACACACUAGCAUUUACUUCUUUCACAUCCCCAUCUAUAAAUGUGUUAACCAUGGUGAUAUGUAUUUCUAAAGUCCUACUUUCACUGGGAAAUAGUCCCCCCUCCUAUAUAUUCUAAUCUGAGCCUCACUCUGCAUAAAAACUAACUGCUCUUAGUAACCUUUCUCCUAUUCCAUACAUUUGCAACACCUUCCAUUUAUUCAUCUUAUCAAGUGCCUUUUCUAAAUCCACAAAUUCAAUAAACAGCUUGUUAUCUAAGUACUGCUCACUACAUGCUUCAUUGUAAACACAUGGUCUACACAUCCCUUGCUUUUCCUUUUUCCCUUAUACAGUAAUACCUCAGUUUUCGUCCUUAAUCCAUUCCAGAAGGUCGUCCGAAAUCUGAAAUGGACGAAAACCGAAGUAAUAUUUCCUAUAAGAAAAAAUGUAAAUCCAAUUAAUCCGUUCCAGACACCCAAAAAUAUUAACAAAAAAUACAUUUUAUAGAGAAUAACUAUAGUUUUACAUAAAGAAAACAAUGAGAAAUAAAUAUAAAACACUAAUUUUAAUGGAUAAAUGAACGUUUAAAUCAGUUUUACCUUUAUUGAAGACUCUUGGCAUAUUCUUUACGAGAUCCGCAUGCAACUGCCUUUUUGCCUUUUUACAAACUAUCACCUCCACAACACUGUCUCCCACUAACUGUUUUUCAUUGAUCCAUACCAACAACAACUUCUCAACAUCUUUGAUUGUUUGCCAUCACUACCACCCUCUACCACCAUCACUACCACUCUCUACUACCAUCACUACCACUCUCUACCACCAUCACUACCACUCUCUACCACCAUCACUACCACUCUCUACCACCAUCACUACCACUCUCUACCACCAUCACUACCACUCUCUACCACCAUCACUACCACUCUCUACCACCAUCACUACAACUCUCUACCACCAUCACUACAACUCUCUACCACCAUCACUACCACUCUCUACCACCAUCACUACCACUCUCUACCACCCUCUACCACCAUCACUACCCCUUCUACCACCAUCACUACCAUCCUCUACCACCAUCACUACCACCUUCUACCACCAUCACAACCACUACCACCCUUUACACGAUCACUACCACCCUCUACCACAUCACUACUACCCUCUACCUUUGUACAGAGUGGUAGUGAUAUUUCUUCACAAAAUUUUGCAACUCAUUCUACGAGUUCUUUCUUGAAUUCUAUCAUGUUUCUCACUUUCUUUACAAAAGGGCUGGCACUCUGAACCUUUUUUUGGCCCCAUGGUGGUAUAUUUCACAGUAGCAAUCAAUAAACAAGCACAAAAAACAAUGGAUGAAAUCAUGGAGUAUUGUUAACUCAGAGAGAGAGAGGCAGACCGAGUCUGGUACGCGUGAGAAGUGGCAUCCUGGGCAAGUGGACACAUCUGAUACGGACGAUUUCUGAGCAGAUGUACGAAACUCGGGGGAAAAUUUUGCCGAAAAAAAGUGCUCGAAUUGUAUGAUUUCUGCACCGGUCCACUGUAUAAAGGGAACAUGCAUGCUCACUGCCAGUCCUUUGUUACCUUUCCUUCUUCAUGAAUAUAUUGAACAAACAUCUUCCCUACCUGCCUUUAACAUUGUCUUAAUCCCCCAACUGCUUUACCCUCUUUCAGUCUACCCACAGCUUCAUGCACUUUCCUCACAUCCACUUAGGCGGCUUCUCAUUUCUAUAUGAUGUUAUCCAUCCUUGCCCCAUGCAUGAAAUCACUUCUUCUUCAUUACUAGUAUUCAACAGCUCAGAAAUCUUUCAUCUGUCCAGUACUUCCACUUCUGCAUCUAACAUCUCCCCUCUUUCAUUCCUAACUUCUUAGUCCAUUUGCUCUCCAGUCUUUGACACUUUAUUGAUCUCCAAAAUUGCUUCAUACUCAGUAAAAUUUGCUUCCACUGGCUCUUCGUUUGCACACUCACACAUACAUGUGUAUUUUUUUCUUUGGAUCACCCUGCUUUGGCAAGAGACAGCCAUUGCGUUAAAAUUGUAUAAUUAUAUUAAUAUAUAUUAAACAUAUAUUAAUAUAUAUUAUAUAUAUUUAUAAUAUAAAUAUAUAUAUUAAUAAAAAUAUAUAUUAGUAUAAAUAUAAUUAUAUAUACAAAUACACAAGCUUGUCAUGUACAGGUCAUUGUCGUAACUCAUCAUGUAUAUAUAAAUUUUAUAGGUUUUACUUAUUUCAUCGCAUUUCACCUGUAUAAUAUUCAAAUAUGAAUAUAUGGGAUAAAUAUAGCAAGAGUUUAUCAGCUUUGUAUAUAUCAUGCCAGUCUUGCAAAGCAAGAAUUACAUGUUGCAUGGAUAUAAAAGCAAAGGUUCAUGGAUGCUUGUGGCAUACAUUACUAAAAUGUGGCAUAAAGAGUAUUUCCUAAAUAGCAAAAUUGCAGCUGCUUUGCAUGUGUAAACAUGAAAACAUUGGUAUUUAAUACAUUGUUCAAUACUUUGUAGCAUAAUUGGUAUGAAUUGAAUGCUUUCGUAUAGAAUAAGAAAGUCGGAUACUUCCUAUCUUUUAUUAGCUACAAGUACGUACUAUGCCAGUGGAAGAUGCAUUAAUCUAUAAGAAACCAUUGUAAUAUAUUAGGUUACAAUGGUUCAGUUUUGAAGCCUUUAUAAAUAUUAUUUCUGCUGAAUAAAUAAUGUUCUUGUUAUUUUUCACAUUUUAUAUCCUCCCUGAAAUAUAUUUCAAAUAGCCAUAGAAUGUGUAAAGAAAAUAAAGUUUUGUAUCAGUAAUAAAUAUGAUUUCUAUUCAAUAUUACCAAUAUCACAAAAUUGUGUAAAAUAAAAGUAUCUUUAUUA